AUGGUCGGCACCGCAGGCGAUGCCCGGCUGGGAGUGCCCCGGUGGUGCGCGCGGCACGCUGACGUCAUGGAGCAGCUGAGCCUGAGCGGCCGUCCGUCGCGCUCGCGCAGUGUGUCGCCGGCCCCGCUGCUGCCGCCGCUGCCGCCGGCCACCCUCAGUCACUGGCACCUGGCGUGUCGCGGCGACUCUGGCGACGAACCGUACGGCGGCACCGAUGACGACGAGUCGGAGGCCAUCAAGCAGCAGCAGCGAGUCAGGGACGACAACGUGAACGAGUACCUGAUCCAGACGGCAGCCGUGCAGGACAAGCAGCAGCAGCAGAAGCUGAAGGCCCUUUUCGAGAAGAAGAACCAGAAGGCGGCGCAGCAGAUGGCGCACCAGCAGCGCAAGCUGGAAGUGUACACGCGACGCGCCAAGGAGCUGGAGACGUGCGGCCUCUCGCACCGUCAGCCCAAGGAAGUGCUCAAGGACGUGGGUUACGGACUCAGGAACGUGGGCGGAAACAUUCGGCACGGCAUCACCGGGCUUUCCGGGGCCGUGGUGGGCAACAUGAAGGGCGGUAUCCAGGGAGCGGCGGAGACGGUGAUGUCCAAGCCUCGCGAAAUUGCUCACCUGCUGAAGAACAGGUUCGGCAGUGCCGACAACAUCACGGCCCUCACUAACGACUCGUCGGAGGGCACACCCACGCGCAGCCACCACGGCAGCUCCACCCUGCCGCCGGGCAUCCCCUCGUCAGCCGUCAGCGGCAACACCAGCGUCGGUCAGCUGCGCUCUGACGAGGGGAGCGACCUGAGCAGCGCGGCGAGCGAGCCCGGUGCCCUGGCCACCACCUCUCCGCGGCACCAGGCCAGCGUGUCGUCGGCCGGCGCUGCCGCCACCACCGACGGCGCGCUCCUCCUCUCCGAGCUGCUCGAGCGCAAGGAGGAGUGCGACCGGCUGCGCGACGACGUCGACACGAUCAAGGCGACGCUGCAGCAGGAGAUCACGCUGCUCUCGCAGGCGCUUCAGGAGGAGCGCUUCCGCUACGACCGGCUCGAGCAGCAGAUGAACGACUUCAUCGAGCUGCACCAGAACGAGGUGGAGAAUCUGCGCCAGCACAUGCAUGACAUGGAAGAGAAGGUCCAGUACCAGAGCGAGGAGCGCGUCAGAGACAUUCACGAGAUGAUGGACAAGUGUAAUACUCGGACCGAGCCCGCCAAAGUCUACAACUUCAGCUCCCACCUGUCCCCGACCUGA